GGUUAAAAAGAAGCUUUCAGCUCUAAACUGUUAAAGAUUUUUUAUUCUGCCUGAAAGCAAUUGGUCUCGGGUUUAAGGACGCGUGUCAGGAUGGCAGCAGUUUCUACAGAUUAUUCAGGGCAAGGGUCCACCAAGAUAACUCCUGAAGUGUUACAGGAGAUGCUCCAGUACUACAACCUGAGCCGCCAGGAGUUCAUCAACACUUACAAAAUCCGGCCGCUCGUCUACAUCCCUGAGUUACCGUACAGCGCCAAGACCACCUUUGUAAUAAUGUAUAUUCUUAUUUUCGUCCUGGCUCUGGCUGGAAAUAGUUUGGUCAUCUACAUAGUUGUGAAGAAGCGGGCGACACAGACGGCGACAGAUAUUUUUAUUUGCUAUUUGGCGGUCAGCGACCUGCUCAUCACUUUCUUCUGCAUACCUUUCACUUUGCUGCAGAACAUCUCGUCUGAAUGGUUCGGCGGGGUUCUGGUUUGCAAAACGGUUCCCUUUGUGCAGACCACAGCCAUAGUGACAGGCAUCCUCACAAUGACCUGCAUUGCCAUCGAGAGAUACCAGGGCAUUGUCUUCCCCCUGAAAAUGAGGCGGCAGUACUCGUCCAAGAGAGCACAUAAGAUGCUAGGGCUGGUUUGGAUUGCCUCUGUGAUAGUCGGUUCACCAAUGCUGUUUGUGCAGCAGCUAGAGGUGAAGUACGACUUCUUGUAUGAUCACUACCACAUCUGCUGUCAGGAGAGUUGGCGCUCUCUGACUCACAGGCAGGUGUACACCACCUUCAUCAUGGUGGCUCUUUUCCUGCUCCCAUUGGCAGCCAUGCUUUUCCUCUACACACGUAUUGGCAUUGAGUUGUGGAUCCGCAAGAGGGUGGGCGACUCCUCAGUCCUCAACACCAUGAACCACAGGGAGAUCAGUAAGAUCUCAAGGAAAAAGAAAAGAGCCGUUAAAAUGAUGAUCACCAUCGUUCUGCUAUUCACCAUUUGCUGGGCACCAUUCCACACAGUCCAUAUGCUGUUUGAGUACUAUGACCUGGAGAACAAAUAUGACGGAGUCACACUAAACAUGAUCAUCGCCAUUGUUCAGGCCAUCGGGUUCUUUAACAGCUUCAACAAUCCCAUCGUCUACGCCUUCAUGAACGAGAACUUCAAGAAGAGUUGCGUCUCCACCCUCUCUCACUGCAUCUCAAAGCCUAACCAGCAGGGCGGCGCCGUGGUAGCGUCCAAACUGAGCGUGCAGUUCAUCAAACCCAAAAGCAGAGAAGCCUUCCUGGAAUCAGAUGAAGGCGAUAGCUCAAAGCGGGACUCGGCAGAUAAAGGACCUUCAAAUUCAUCGCAUGGAGAGAGCUCGUUGGAAAUAAUAGGAGAUAAAAUCUUCACCAUCCAAACAGAGCUCCAUGCAAACAACUCCUCUCAAGUCAAAUGAGAAACUGCUCCAAGUUGAGCUGUUUAGCCGAUGAAUUCAACCCUCAGCCAGCUGCAGUUACCUCAUAUGGGAUUUCAGUUCUCACAGCUACAGGUGCCUCAUAUGGGAUUCCAAUUCUCACAGCUGCAGGUGCCUCAUAUGGGAUUUUAAUUCUCACAUUUGUGGCUCAAAGACCCAUAAAGUCUUGGAAACAAAUCUCUGCAGUGCCAGAGGCAAGAGUGUUUUUUAAUUCUGGUCUGGAGAACAGCUGAAAGAAAUGAAGGAAUACUUAAAAGAGGCAGUUUUGCUCUAAAGAAGACUUGUGGAAACUGCCAGGAACAGCAGUCAGACACUGAAACACAAAUUUGUUGCCUGAAUGGAGAAAUAAUUUCAGUUGAGAUGUCUCUGAAACCUGCAGGCCACUCAGCCACUUAGUGAGCCUUUCAUGAUGUGUCGGGCGGAACCACGUUCAGUGCCAUGCCAAAUAAGCACUAUCUAUUACCACUGUAGUGUUGUGCUACACUGAGAACCCUUUGAAGACACCAUAGAGGACACUGAAUUUUACAGAGCCGUAUGCCUUUUAGCAGCAAAGGAUGACGCCUCGGCUUUCAUUGCACU